AUGUUUAAUAAAAUUCAAACGUAUUUAUUGCAACGUAUAUUUGAAGACUUGGACCCUAGUCUAUUUCAAUCAAUUGACUACCCACUACUGUCCAAUGCAACAACAAUUUCGACUACAUUAUCAUUAACAGGAAAAAAUGUACAUGCUACGCCACCGCUGCUUUCACUUGCAAACCAAGGUGGGUCACAAUCACAAGUACAGCUGGGUUCGGGAACUGCAAUUAUUGAAUCAUUUGUUGACGAGAAGAAGGUGAAAAGACAUAAGGCAUCAACUGGGCAAUUUAAAAAUCAAAUCAAUGUCUAUAAUGAGAUUAUCCAUAUGAUAAAUUCCCAGCAGUUUCAGUUGAAUGAUGAUAAUUAUCAAAUAGUAGUAUUGUACUUUGAGUACUAUGUUUUAUAUAUCAAUAACAGUAACAGUAGAGAUAAAGAAGAUAAUCCAAGAAGACAGAUUCUCAAUUACAUCGACCAUAUCCUCACUUCAUUAGAUACCAUAUCAUCAAACAAAACUAUACAUGAAAUCAACAAGGUCCUACACAAUUUCAACCCCACGAGAACUUUGUCCCAACUUGAUGAAAUCUUUUCUGACUUCACCUAUUUCAUCAACCAAUUCAAGUUUAAUAUAACUAAAUCUACAUUACUCCAUGCCCUUUCUUUGACUUUUGCCUAUGAAGUAUUCCAAUACCCUGUCAUGGCUAACAAGAUUAAUAAUAAUAGUAAAUUGACCAAUGUAAAACAACAACAACAACAAAAACAACAAAAACAAAAACAAGAGGAAGAUUGUCGGUUGUUGAUUCAAUUUUCACGAUUUUACUUUAUUAGUGCGUUAUUGAAUUUUAAUAAGUAUAAAUCAGGCAAAUUUGUGGCUCUUGAUGAAGUUGUCAAAGAAUUCUGUGCAACUGAGUUUGAUAAAGUUGUGGGAGAAGCUAAAGCAGAAGUAGAAGGAGGAGCUAGUGAUGGUAAAAGCAGAAAGGAGGGUGACAAAGAAGAUGGCAAUUUAAAAUCAACCAAUGGUAAUGGCAAGGUUGGAAAUAAUUUUGAUGAUCGAUUGAUACAAUUGUAUAAUGCUGGCUCAUUGGCUGAAUUAAGAAGUGAUGAAAUUAUUCUUCUGUUUCAAGAAGCAAUGAAGGAAUAUAAAUUUAGAAGGAGACAUUUAACCCAAGUAUAA